AUGCGGCUCUUGAAAACAGCAAACUAUGCGCUCUUUGAGGCACACGACAUCCCAGUGCCUUUCCCACACUACGCCAUUCUCUCCCACACAUGGACGUCACCCAAGGAAGAAAUCACCUACCAGGACAUUAGGAAGAGAAAAUCAGAUAUAGAGAAUAACAUCUACAAGCAAAAAGGCUGGUCAAAGCUGACAAAGUUCUGUGACCGCGCCGCAAAGGAUGGGUGGGAUUGGGCAUGGAUGGACAAUUGCUGCAUCGACAAGACCAACCCUGCUGACAUACAAGAGGCUAUUAAUGCCAUGUUCCGAUACUACCAGGAUGCUGGCCUCUGCUACGCAUACCUCGAAGACGUGGAUGCUCUCGCGGCACUUGAAGAUGCAGGUCUACACGAGGAUGAGGAUCCAGACGAGAUCGCAAAUCUUAACGAUAUUGCUUGUCCCGAUAGCCUUGCCUAUGAAGCUCUUCAUUCCGAUUUCAUCAAGGCCAGGUGGUUUUCCCGAGGAUGGACAUUGCAAGAACUGCUUGCUCCCCACUACUUGGUCUUUGUUGAUCGAGAGUGGCGCCGUAUCGGCAGCCGGGAGACCUGGGCCUCGGAGAUCAAGGAGGCGAGCAGCAUCGAAGCCCGACAUUUAACGUCUUUCAGGCCGACGGAUUUUCAAUCAUGUUCUAUAGCAAUGAGACUAUCCUGGGCGUCUCGGCGGGUAACAACCGUCCAGGAGGACGAGACGUACUCACUAUUGGGCCUGUUCGGGGUCAGCCUCCCAUUGAUCUAUGGCGAAGGGAGAUGGCGAGCGUUUAACAGGCUCCAGCGCGAGUUGAUCACAGUUUAUAACGACGACUCUAUAUUUGCCUGGACGGUAGAGCAGCCAACAGUAUCAGGACAGAGCAACAACUCUGGAUGGGGCAUCCUUGCAAGCUCCAGUGAGCAGUUUCGGGGUGCUUCCGAGAUCGAAUCCUUGGGCCAUUUCUCUAGCAGCUUCUCCAUGACCAAUCGAGGUUUAGAAAUGAGAGCCAAGCUCAUUAGGCACAAAGGAGACCCUAGCUUGUGCCUUCUCCGCCUGAAUUGUGGUGUACAGCCCGGCGGGUAUGUUGGAAUAUACCUUAGGCAUGUUUACGACGCCUAUGAUAGAGUACAUGUCCAAGAGCUUUGCGACAUGGACAACCUCGACCCCAAUGAUUGGGAAGGAGAACGUGGGAACUCGCCGAUUCUCAUUCGAGUGAGUAGUUCUGCGGACACACUUACUCGCUCAUCGAUAUUUGCUUUGGAGUAUCCUGCACAUAUUCGCAUUGGCACCAAGUACUUCGUGGACUUUAGCCCUUCAAUGAUUGACAGCAGGAUGCAAGUCUUUGAUCAAGAUUCUCAGUCGACCCUACUUCCCGACCUGACAGAGGAUGAGCUCUUCACGGAGCCAAACAGAACAAUAUUCAUUAAUAUUGAGCUUCUGACCGAGGGAUUCAAAUGGGAGCUUGACGUGAUAAUCAACCUAACCGAGAACGGUUUCCCUUCUGUCGGUGUUUUGGGACGGGCAAGCGAACCGUGGGAGCGGCUCGGGGAUCCCUUGGGGCUGGCUUCUCAACGAUAUGAUGCGUUGGCCAAUUAUCUCCAUUUCAGAGUACCGUCGGAGCCAACAUACCCAACACUUGCUGUGAAUGAGAUCAACAAUUGUGCCGUUGGUGUCUCCCUCCUUCCUAGGCCGUUGCAUGGACGGCUGCUCAACCAGCCACCGGAGAUGGCAAAAUUCCUUUCGUUGAGGGAGUACGUGCUGAGAAUUAAAAUCCGCAGACAUAUACCGCUGAGUUGUGCAUGA